UCCGCUUUAUGCUGUAGAUAACAAGAAAAGUCGCAUUGUGAUUCUUAGUAUUAUUAAGUUCCGGGGUCACAGACAAAAUCUCAAUUCAGUAGCUUCCGUUAUCCAGCCAAGAAGACAAACACUGAAAGACAGAGACAUAGAAGAAAACAGAGCAAAAAUGGAGGUAUUGUCACAACUGUGGUCGUUGUUAGGCUUACUCACCGUACUCCAAAAUGUCUUGCCGUCGCAGCUACUCUCUCUCCUCCAUUCCUCCUACGAGACUUUUACAGAUUUUUUCUCCCCUUACUCUUACUUCGAAAUCCCCGAAUUCAAUGGCUACUGCGGCGUCGACGUCAACGAUUUGUACCGCCAUGUUCACCUCUACCUCAACUCCGUCAACUACUCCGCCGCAUCUGGUUGCCGCCGCCUCACCCUUUCCCGGUCCAAGUCCUCCAAUCGCAUUUCAUAUACCGUCGCCCCCAAUCAGACCGUUCACGACACCUUUGACAGACACCGCCUCUCGUGGACUCAUCACGUGGAAACGGUGCAAGACUCGCUGGAGGAGAAGCGGAGCUUCACUCUCCGACUGCCGAAGCGCCAGCGACAGACCCUCCUUUCGGCCUACCUCAGUCACGUGACCGCACGUGCGGAGGAGUUCGAGCGGGUCUCCAGAGAGAGGAGGCUCUUCACCAACAAUGGAAAUGGAUCGUUCGAAGCGGGUUGGGUCUCCGUACCGUUCCGGCAUCCUUCCACGUUCGACACACUAGCACUGGAGCCUGAGUUGAAGAAGCAGAUCAAAAACGACCUCACAGCGUUUGCGAAAGGCAGAGAGUUCUAUCACAGAGUGGGCCGGGCAUGGAAGCGUGGGUACUUACUCUACGGCCCACCCGGGUCGGGAAAAUCGAGUCUGAUCGCAGCUAUGGCGAACUUCCUCUGCUACGAUGUCUACGAUCUGGAGCUCACAAAGGUGUCUGAUAAUUCCGAGCUGAGGUCGUUACUGAUACAAACGACGAACCGCUCCAUCAUUGUGAUAGAAGACAUUGACUGCUCUGUCGACUUGACGGCGGACAGGAUGACGAAGAAGACAACAAUGAUGAAGUCCAAAACGAUGAGAGCAAAAACGACGUCAUCGGACUGCCUCAAGGAUGAAAGCGGACGGGUUACUCUAUCGGGGCUUCUGAAUUUCACGGAUGGCCUGUGGUCGUGUUGCGGAGAAGAGAGGAUCAUCGUCUUCACUACGAAUCACAGGGACAACGUGGACCCGGCUCUGGUACGGUGCGGGCGAAUGGACGUGCACGUCAACCUCGGCUCGUGCGGGAUGCAUGCGUUUAGGGACCUCGUGAGGAACUACCUGGGGUUGGAAUCGCACGCACUGUUCGACGCAGUGGAGAGUUGCAUAAGGUCCGGCGGGUCCCUCACGCCGGCUCAGAUUGGCGAAAUGCUGUUGAGGAAUAGAAGAGAUGCUGAUGUGGCCAUGAGGGAGGUGGUGUCGGCGAUGCAGACGAGGAUGCUCACGGUGGCAGGUGGACAAUGGGAGCAGACGGAUAAUGAAGAGACGGUGGGGGGAAGGUCGCCUGAAAGUGUGCUGAUGAUGGGAUCGCCGGAGAAUUGGGACUCGUUGGGCGGGAAGAAGAGAAAGGAAUGUGGGUCCAACUGCGAUAAGAAACCGAAGUUUUUGGUGAGGUUGAGGUCGUUGACCAAGUCAGACUCUGGUAGAAAAGUUUUGAUCCCAGAAAAAUAUAAAAGCUGUAAUUUUCAGUGUUUGUGAUUCGUUGGUUGUUUUAGUGAUUGCCCCAAUUUUUUCUCUCUUUCGUUUUUUUAAUCAGUUUUUCUUCUACUCAAUCAUGAUUGGGUUAAAUUAGGAUGGUUUGAUUUGCACACUUCAAUGUAUCAAAUUUAAGAUGUCAUGCUACUUACUACAA